AAAAAAAAAAAAAAAAAAAAAAAAAAAAAAAAAAAAAAAGAAGGUAGCUUCCAAAGAAAAAGAAAAAAGAAAUGGAGAAAAGUUCAAAUAAUUCAUCUUCUCAUGUUUUAAUCUUUCCUUUCCCAGCUCAGGGCCAUGUAAACUCCAUGCUCAAGCUAGCGGAGCUUUUAAGCCUUUCAGGUCUUACUAUUACCUUUCUAAACACACAACAUAGCCAGGAAUGUUUAGCUCGUUUUACGGAUAUUAAAGCUCGUUUUCUGAAAUAUCCAGGAUUUCGAUUUGUUACAGUACCUGACAGUUUGCCUAUUGAUAGUGGGAAUGUGGCGAAAGUGCUUGAUGCAUUAAAAUUGGAAAGUAAGCCAGUAAUUGAAAAAUUGCUUAUUGAAAGUAAUCCAAGAAUUAACUGUUUUAUAGUAGAUGGAAUCCUUGGAUUUGUUACUGAUCUUGCUAGCGAGCUUGCAAUUCCAAUUAUUUAUUUUCGCACCAUUAGCGCUUGUGCUUUCUGGUCUUACUUUUGUAUUCCUGACAUGAUUGAAGCUGGUGAACUUCCUAUUAAAGGGGUACUGUUUGCUGAUAUUGAAGGAGAAGAAGAAAUGGAUAGGCUUAUAACAAAAGUUCCAGGAAUGGAGACAUUUCUCAGGAAAAGAGAUCUUCCAAGUUUCUGUAGAGCUAAUGGCAUGACAGAACCUACAUUUUACAUGAUUAUGAACGAGACACAACAAACUACUCGAGCACAAGCCCUUAUUAUGAACACAUUUGAAGACCUGGAAUCACCAAUACUAUCUCAAAUUCGCAACCAUUGCCCUAAAACCUACACCAUUGGACCCCUCCACGAGCUCUUGAAAAGCAUCAAAAUUAGAAGCACAAAUAAGCAAGAAUUACAUCAAUCCUCAAAUAGUCUCUGGGAAGUGGACAGGACUUGCAUCGCAUGGCUAGAUAAUCAACCUUCACAAUCUGUAAUCUAUGUAAGUUUUGGCAGCUUUGCAAAUUUGACGUUAGACCAGCUUAUAGAGUUCUGGCACGGUCUCAUUAAUAGUAACAGGCGAUUCUUAUGGGUUAUAAGGCCUAGCUCCGUUACCGAUAAGGAAGGUAUUGUUGUUGAGAAAUUUCCUGAAGAGCUUCAGGAGGGUUGUAAAGAAAAUGGAUACAUCGUGAAAUGGGCGCCGCAAGAAGAGGUUUUAGCACAUAAAGCAAUUGGUGGGUUUUUGACACACAGUGGAUGGAACUCGACAUUGGAGAGUAUAGUAGCAGGUGUGCCUAUGAUUUGUUGGCCUUAUUUUGCUGACCAGCAAACCAAUAGUAGAUUUGUGAGUGAAGUGUGGAAAUUAGGACUGGACAUGAAAGAUGUUUGUAACAGAAAGGUUGUUGAGAAGAUGGUGAAUGAUCUGAUGGUUAAUAAGAGGGAAGAGUUUGUUAGAUCAGCUGCUAGGAUGGCAGAGUUGGCAAGGAAAAGUAUUAGUGAAGGUGGAUCCUCUUUUUGUAACCUGAACCGUUUGAUUGAAGAUAUCAGGCUGAUGAGUGUGCAAACACAUCAUAAUUCACAGGAGGAUAAUAAAACAAGCUUUUGAUUAUUUAUCUGUAUUAUCUUAGUUUGUACUCAUUAAGUAAGAAAUUGUAAUUUUCCUAAUCGCCUUAGAGGAAGUUGCUUUCCUUGCAUAGUACUCUGCCCAGUUCGUUCAUGAUAUUACUGGCAAUUGUCAAUUUAUCAUCAUCACUCUCUGAAUUUUACUUA